CGAGCGGGCCGGGGCGGGGCGGCGCAUGCGGUGCGGGCGGCGAGCUGCCGGCUCAGCCCUCGGUCGGCCGGGCUGCGCGCCGCGGAGCAGCGGGACCACCAUGGAGGCCGCGCCCCGGCCCCGGCCUCAGCUCCAGUCCCGGCCCCAGCCCCAGCCCGGCGGGGCCGCCGCCGCCCCGCCGCCGCCGCAGCCCCCGGAGCAGGAGCGCAAGCUGGAGCAGGAGAAGCUGUCCGGGGUGGUGAAGAGCGUCCACCGCAGGCUGCGCAAGAAGUACCGGGAAGUGGGAGACUUUGAUAAGAUCUGGCGUGAGCACUGUGAGGAUGAGGAAACUCUCUGUGAAUAUGCUGUGGCAAUGAAAAACCUUGCAGAUAAUCACUGGGCAAAAACUUGCGAAGGGGAAGGCCGGAUUGAGUGGUGUUGCAGUGUAUGCCGAGAAUAUUUUCAGAAUGGUGGGAAAAGAAAAGCACUUGAGAAAGAUGAAAAAAGAGCACUUCUUGCUUCUAAGACCACUCCAGCCUUAAAUGUUUCUCAGCCUCCCAAUAUCGAAGAACCAUUACCGAGCCUUGGCUUGACAAAUCAUGAGGCUAUAACAGAAGAGUUGCUUCACUCCCUGGGAAAGAUCAGAUUACUUGACGUUGGUAGCUGCUUUAAUCCAUUUUUGAAGUUUGAAGAAUUUCUGACAGUUGGCAUAGAUAUUGUUCCAGCUGUUGAGAGCGUAUACAAAUGUGACUUCUUGAAUCUACAAAUUCAGCAACCUCUCCAACUGGCACAAGAUGCAAUAGAUGCCUUUCUUAAGCAACUGAAAAAUCCUAUUGAUUCUCUACCUGGAGAACUAUUCCAUGUCGUCGUUUUCUCGCUCCUCCUUUCUUACUUUCCAUCACCCUAUCAACGAUGGAUAUGCUGCAAGAAGGCACACGAACUUCUCGUAUUAAAUGGCUUAUUGCUUGUAAUAACUCCUGAUUCAUCUCACCAGAAUCGCCGAGCUAUGAUGAUGAAAAGCUGGAAGAUUGCCAUAGAGUCCUUGGGUUUUAAACGCUUCAAAUAUUCCAAGUUUUCUCACAUGCACCUAAUGGCUUUUAGGAAAACCUCCCUUCAAACAACAAGUGACUUAGUUAGCAGGAACUAUCCAGGAAUGUUGUAUAUCCCGCAGGAUUUCAACAGUAUAGAGGAUGAGGAAUAUUCCAACACUUCUUGCUACGUUCGAUCAGAUACAGAAGAUGAACAGCUAGCUUACGGUUUUAUGGAGCUACCUGAUGCUCCAUAUGACUCAGACUCUGGAGAAAGCCAGUCUAGUUCAAUUCCUUUUUACGAGCUCGAAGAUCCUAUAUUGCUUCUGAGUUAAUGUAGUAGUUGACAUGCUAAAUCAAACCUCUUGCUUAACUAAUUUUGCUAUACUAACGUGGGCUCAACACACAACAACGGUUUGCAUAAAGAAAAUGCAACGGUUUACAGAGUUUGCUAUUUUUUUCUACCUUUGAAUUUUAAAAUUUAUUCUUGUAUGAAAGUGAAAAAAUACAAGUUUUAUGCAAAUGACUCUUGUCAUAGCAUAAAUUGCUGUUACUUUCUUUGGAAUAUGUAUCACUAAUUUUCUUCCAGAAAGGUACCAUUCUUUUCUUUAGUGCUGUGAAGUGUGAAUUCUAUUUAAUUUGCUAAAUGUUGUUUCAAUAUUUUAACUCGUAAAGUGGUUGAGCAUAAGGCACUGGAGUUGGUGGGCUUCUGAGAAGUAUACGUAGGAAUAAAUAAUUUGCACUUUAAUUAAAUGUGCAGAUAGGUUAAGAUGCUUAGUUACACAUGUCCCUUUUUAAUUAUGGAACAAAGCUUUCUUUCCAAAAUUUCUUUUGCUCUGGUUAAGCCUGGGCUAGAGAAACCAUAAUGCACAUUUAAUUUUACUUUAAUUGCAGCCCUCUUGAGAUAACACCAAAACACUGGAAUAUAUUAAUCCAUAGUUAUACAUGUUGUGUAAUUUCAUUGCAUAAAUAGCAGAUAGACAUGAGAUUUCUGAAGAGGUUAUCUCCCAGACACAGAGAAGUAUGGUACGUCUAGACAAUUGUUUCACUUCAAAGCUGGAACAUGGUUUUGCAAUUUCCAGUGUACAAGCACUAACAUACAUCAGUAUUUCCCCAAUGUGUUCUGUAUUUUUUCUUUUGGGGGGAGAGGGGGAGUGGUGGUGGUUUUUUUUGUCAUGUUUUAAAGUAAAUUAUUUAUGUGUUUUUCAAAACAAACUUUCUUUAAGUUGGGAGGUCUACAAUUAAGAACAAUUGUAUGAUAACUACAGACUGAUUUUGUUUUAAAAAAAAAAAAAAAAAAAAGGAAAAUUUUCACAAGAUUUUCACGGAUGUGUAUUUGCACAAAAGACAUUCAGACCCCACAAGUGAAGUUAACAUACACUAUUUUGUUUGCUUAUUUGGACCCCAGUCUUCUGUUUAGUUAAAUGAAAACCCCAUAGCUUUCUGAAAACUGGUCUGCACUGUAAGAAGGUAAACCAAGUGGUUUAUGUUUAUGAAGUUUUCUAAAUUGUGUAAUAAAUUUGUGAGUACUUUGCAGGAAAAAAAAAAAUAAUAAUAAUCUGUUCAGCAGUAAAAAUAGAGGAUUCAGUAUUAGUUUAGCUUAGAUUGCCCUCCAUUUAAAAAUGACCAGAACUUUCAAAUUUGAAUGUUAGGCUUUAAAAUCUGUGAGUGAGUGCCUAUCACAAAUGAUUGGAACUAGGUGCCGCAUCAUGGAUUUAAGACUGACAGCAGCAACACGGUAGAAAAUAGAAAUACAGUGUGAAGUUGCAUAGGUGGAAACACUUUCAAUCUGCCAUGUUGUUUUUAUAAUACAGAUGUUACCAGGCAAACUGAAGUGUUAGUGUGAAUUUUACAGUAGUUGCUACAAAAAUGAAAACUCUCCAUUGAAGUUUUGCACUGAAAGUGCCAGUUGGACCUGUCUGUUUUUUCUUGUAUACAGUUUCCUACAAAGAGUCAUACUGUAUCGGUCCUACUUACACCCAAACGUGAACUGGACUGCAAUGCUUUAUUCUUCAAUAUAAGCUUUCUGUGUCUCCUUUCAUAAAUUUAAAGUGUCCCCAAACAUCUGAUUCAAAAUUGUUAUUCAGGCUGAAUGAUAUAGCCGUAUACAAACCAAACACCUAUACAGCUUGUGUUUAGGGAAAAAAAAAGACAAGUUAUCAUGGUUGGCUUAAUAUUUAUGGAAAACACCUAAUGAAAUGUACAACAGAUUCAAAAACAGCUAUAACUCAGUGUUGGCAUCUAAUGCUUUACCAUUUCACUUUCACUAAAAUGUUCAUCAGUCAAAACCUCUCUUCUUUAAUUGACUCCAGCAAUGCUAUUGUUAAAGCUAAAAUACUGGUGC